AUGGGGACCAAAGAACUACGAUCCACUUUGUGGCUCGUCUACGUUACGCUUAUUGUCUACGCUCUGACUGAUGAUGAUGUGGAAGAUCACAAUCACAUCGAGCACGUGUGCUCCACUUUCGGAAACAAUCACUGGAAGACCUAUGAUGGAGAAUUCUUCAGACUGCAGUCUGACUGUUUGCACGUGCUGACCUCAGAGUGUAAGGCCAACUACGAGAGCUUCAACAUUCAAAUGAGACGCUCAAAUGAGAACGACAUGCCCAUCAUCAGCAACAUCAUGAUGAAGCUGGACGGGGUCAUUGUGGAGCUUUACAAAGAUUUAGUGAAGGUCGAUGGUGACAAGGUAGAACUGCCGUAUGCCAAAUUCGGUGUGACAGUCAGGAUGACCACAUCCGCUAUCUUUGUUCACUCCAAUUUGGGAAUCAAAGCUAUCUGGAACAUGGAGGACUCCCUGGAUAUUGUUUUGGAUGACAAAUACCAGAACCGGACAUGUGGACUGUGUGGAAACUUUGACGGCAUAGUCAAUGAUUUUAUCGAAGAAGGGUCUAAACUCUCCGUGGCCGACUACGCUGACAUCAACAAGGUUGACAGCUGUGUGGUGGAUGAGCAAAGCCAACUCCCAUAUUGUGAUAACCGGGGACAAUGUGAGAAGAUCUUUUCCGCUCCUGAAUUCAACAGCUGCAAAAACCUCUUGGACAAGAAAGCUUUCGUUUUGAUUUGCAUGUCCGAUGUGUGCUACAACAAUACAGAGCCCAUGCUCUGCCAGACAGUCUCUGAGUUCUCCAGGGAGUGUGUCCAUGCAGGCGGCGAGCCGGAACAAUGGAGGACCGAAAGCUUUUGCCACAAGUCGUGCCCAUACAACAUGGAGUUCAUGGAGUGUGGCAGCUCAUGUCCUGACACCUGCUCCACACCUCAGGCCAGGAAAAUAUGUCAUAACCACUGCCAUGAUGGCUGCAGCUGCCCUAAAGGAAUGAUCUUUGAUGAUAUCACUGAAAGUGGCUGUGUUGCAGCCGAUCAGUGUCCAUGUGUGCACAACAACCAAGUCUACAUGCCAGGAGAGUCCUACUAUCACCACUGCAGAUCCUGUGUGUGUGCAAAUGGUCAGUGGAAGUGCACAAAAGAGAACUGUCCAGGGUCCUGCUCCGUGAAUGGAGGAUCUCACAUCAAAACCUUUGAUGGCAAAGACUACACCUUCCAUGGAGACUGCUCAUACGUUCUAGUCCAGCAAACUCAGCGCUCUGCAUUCAUGGUGCUGGUGGACCUGGAAAGGUGUGGUGUAUCUGACAGUAAGACCUGCCUCCGAUCUGUGACCGUGGCCUUAAACAACAACAUUUUCGUGAUGAUAAUACAAGCAUCUGGGAAAAUUCGUGUGAACCAGAUAAAUUCUGAGCUUCCACUGUCUAACACGGACCUCGUUGCGUUCAAGCAAUCAUCCAAUUACAUCUUCGUCAAGCUCAUGAUUGGCAUCAAGCUUGUCGUCCAGUUGAGUCCAGCCAUGCAGGUCUUCGUCAUGGCCGAUUCCUCACUUAGAGGUGGUGUUCAAGGUUUGUGUGGGAACUUCAACAACAGGAUGAAUGAUGACCUCAUGGGUAGCGCUGGUCUGGUGGAGGGCACCGCCAUAGCAUUCGUUAACUCGUGGAAAAACACAGCCAACUGUCCCAACAUACCUCCACGCUUUGGACAUCCCUGUAACCACGGCAUCAACAAGGAACAAUUUGCACGGUAUUGGUGCUCCAAACUGCUGGAUAACAAAGGAGUGUUCGCACCCUGCCAUCACGCUGUCGACCCUAACUCAUUCAAAGACAUCUGCAUGUACGACAGCUGUAACUGUGAUAACAGUGAGGACUGCAUGUGUGCUUCUGUCUCGGCUUAUGUGUUGGCAUGCUCAGCAGCAGGAGUCACUCUCAGGAACUGGAGGAAAAACAUCUGUGGUCAAUACACUUUAUGUCAGGAAACAACAAUCUAUCAAUACAACAUGACCAGCUGCCAACGAACCUGCCAAUCCCUCAGCCAACCGGACCACUCGUGCCAGGCCAGCUUCGUCAUGGUGGACGGCUGCGGAUGUGCAGAGGGAACAUACAUGAACGACGAGGGCAGAUGUGUGAUGAGCAAAGACUGUCCCUGCUACGAUAAAGACAACAUCAUUCCUCCUACAGAAAGCGUGUCAAGAAACGGCAAAACCUGGUUGAAAAUAGAAACGGAGAACAUCAGGGAGAGCCUGAUUGUGUCGGACACAGGACUCGACAGCUGUAGGAACCAAAAAAGUAGCACAGGUUUCUGCAGACAUGGAGUUCUAAGCUGUUUAGGAGAACCACAACAAGGUCCACCUCAAUGCAUUUCCCCCAUGGUGUACUUUGACUGCGCCACUGCUCAGCCUGGAGUUUCUGGGACUGAGUGUGAGAGGAGCUGCAGCAACCUGGACAUGGCUUGUAUGAAUACAGGCUGUUCAUCAGGCUGCAUGUGUCCUAAAAACAUGGUGUCAGACGGAGCAGGAAACUGUGUCAAUGAGAAGCAAUGUCCAUGUGUGCACAACGGACAGGAGUACCAGGCAGGACAAACUCUGACUGUGGACUGCAACAUCUGUACCUGCCAUAACAGAAAGUUCACAUGCACCAAUAAACUUUGUGAUUCUGUUUGUGGGACCUAUGGCGACGGCCACUACACUACAUUCGACGACAAGAGGUUUGACUUCAAUGGACAGUGUGAAUACACACUCCUCCAGGACGACUGCAGCGGGGGUCAGGGCAAAGGACACUUCCAGAUCAUUUCAGAGAACAUUCAGUGUGGAAGCUUGGGAACCACCUGCUCCAGGUCCAUCAAGAUCUUCAUGGGGGAGAACGAAUUCCACCUUAAAGACGAGGGCUUCCACGUGAUUAAGGGAAGCAGCAAAAGUCUCCCUGAACAGGUGCACAAGAUGGGUAUUUACCUGAUGGUGACCAUCAAGCCAGGAAUCACUAUCAUGUGGGACCAGAAGACCAGCCUUUCUGUUAAACUCCAUCCAAAGUUCCAGGGUAGAGUUUGUGGUCUGUGUGGAAACUAUGAUGGCAACAGUCAGGACGACUUCACCACCCCAUCCGGGGACAUAGUGGCAGAUGUUCUUGAGUUUGGUAACAGCUGGAGGGUUUCAGCCAGCUGUCCAAACGCCGGACUGAUAAAUGACCCCUGUGCCACCAACGGUUAUCGGGCAUCCUGGUCAAAGAAACAAUGUAGCAUCAUCAACAGUGUCACCUUCCAGAACUGCCACUCACAGGUGGAUCCUGGUCCUUUUUUCGACUCUUGUGUGAAAGACUCUUGUGCCUGUGACAUGGGUGGAGACUGCGAGUGUUUCUGCACUGCUGUGGCUGCCUACGCCAAAGCUUGUAAUGACGCCGGGGUCUGCGUGAGGUGGAGAACUCCAAAAAUAUGCCCUAUAUUCUGUGACUUCUACAAUGCCCCCGAUGGCUGUGAGUGGCAUUACAAGCCUUGUGGAGCUGCCUGCAUGAAGACAUGUACAAAUCCUUCAGGACAUUGUUCAAGCCUCAUCUCGGCUAUGGAAGGCUGCUAUCCUCAGUGUCCCAUUACCCAUCCCUACUUUGAUGAAGACUCCAUGAAGUGUGUUUCAUGGAACCAAUGUGGUUGCUUUGAUGACAUCGGAAACCAUUACCACCUCGGAGAAACGGUCCCAACGACUAACUGCAACACUUGUCAAUGCACCUCAUCUGGAAUAAAUUGCAACUAUGAAGUGACACAGACAACAACCCCACCUCCUACUCCUCCGACUACCACAACUGAAACCCCAACACCUGUGGUUACAACAACCACACCUCCUACUCCUUCAACUACCACAACUGCAACCACAACACCUGUGGUGACAACAACCACACCUCCUACUCCUUCAACUACCACGACUGGAACCACAACACCUACCACAACUGCAACCACAACACCUGUGGUGACAACAACCACACCUCCUACUCCUUCAACUACCACAGCUGUAACCACAACACCUGUUGAGACAACAACCACACCUCCUACUCCUUCAACAACUACAGCUGCAACCACAACACCUGUUGAGACAACAACCACACCUCCUACUCCUUCAACUACCACAGCUGUAACCACAACACCUGUGGUGACAACAACCACACCUCCUACUCCUUCAACAACUACAGCUGCAACCACAACACCUGUUGAGACAACAACCACACCUCCUACUCCUUCAACUACCACAGCUGCAACCACAACACCUGUUGAGACAACAACAACACCUCCUACUCCUUCCACUACCACAGCUGUAACCACAACACCUACAACAACCACACCUCCUACUCCUUCGACGACCACAACUUCAACCACAACACCUGUGGUGACAACAACCACACCUCCUACUCCUUCAACUACCACAGCUACACCUCCUACUCCUUCAACUACCACAACUGCAACCACAACACCAGUAGAGACAACAACCACACCUCCUACUCCUUCAACAACCACAGCUGCAACCACAACACCUGUUGAGACAACAACCACACCUCCUACUCCUUCAACGACCACAACACCUGUGGUGACAACAACCACACCUCCUACUCCUUCAACUACCACAGCUGUAACCACAACACCUUUUGAGACAACAACCACACCUCCUACUCCUUCAAACUACCACAGCUCUGCAACCACAACACCUGUUGAGACAACAACCACACCUCCUACUCCUUCGACGACCACAGCUUCAACCACAACACCUGUGGUGACAACAACCACACCUCCUACUCCUUCAACUACCACAGCUGCAACCACAACACCUGUUGAGACAACAACAACACCUCCUACUCCUUCAACUACCACAACUGCAACCACAACACCUGUAGAGACAACAACCACACCUCCUACUCCUUCAACAACCACAACUGCAACAACAACAACAACCACACCUCCUACUCCUUCAACUACCACAGCUGCAACCACAAACACCUGUGACAGCAACCACACCUCCUACUCCUUUGACAACCACAACUGGAACCACAACACCUGUAGAGACAACAACCCCACCUCCUACUCCUUCGACGACCACAACUGCAACCACAACACCUGUGGUGGCAACAACCACACCUCCUACUCUUACUUCUACUACAACACCUACAACUACUGUUUCUGUUGUAACAGAACCCCCACCAACAACAACUGCGGUUACACAACCUGUAGUUCAGAACACAACUACUGUGGCUUCAACUACCACAACACAUCUUGA